UCCUCUCCCGGGAAAAAAGAAACGAGGCGGCCGGUAUCUACUGCGCCAUUGGCGUCAACAUGCAGACAAGGGGGGUGUGAUGUCGUCACUAUAAAUAUCACCAAUCCAUUCAUGAGCAGACGGGAUCAGGUUCCCUUUUGCAAUAUAUUCCCGAAGCAAAAGAUAAGCACCAUGGUCUCAACCCGCACCAUAUCCCUCUUCACCGGUGCCUUUACCCUCCUCAACAUAACUCGUACUGAAAACGGCGCCAUCAUUAACGACAACACCGGCGGCAGCCAUCCCACGGGCAUCAUCACGUACAGCACGAACGGCUACGUGUCUGUUCUAAUCCACGCCACGGAGCCGGAAUGGAGGCCCGAAAGUCUCAAUAUGCUCGACCAAGACGAGCGGUUUGAUUCGCAGUGGGCGCUUGUGGGCAAGCACUCGGGUGCAUACUCGGGGCCCUUUGGAUUUGAUGAAGCUGCGAUGGUUGAUGAGAACAAUGGGGUUGUACUGCAUGGGCCGCUGACGGCGGCAAGCUUGCCGGCAAAUAUUGGGAGGGUGCAGAGGAGGGAAUUUGCGUUUAGUGAGGAUGAGCAGUAUUUGAACCUGGUGGGGACGUUAGGGGUGGGGGUUGUGGAUAGUCUGUGGUGGAGGAGGAUUGGAAGGAGGAACGUCACGUUUGCAUAGUUGACGGUUUAGUUUGGGGUAUGCUUCCGAACGUCUCAGUUUUUCUUAGGUUCACUGAUGUACAUUCGUCAAUCAAUUUUUACAUGCUCGUUAAAGGUGAAUAGCACUGACUGAGAGGAAGCUCCUGGAGUCUCUGGGAGGGUUCAAUUUGAGCAGUGCAUAUAUCUAUAAUUCCCGG